AUGAUUGAAGAUUCCAUAGAUGAAAAUUGCCAUGUGUACUUAAACCCAAAAAAUUGGCUAAAGGAAUUUGAAUACACCAAAAUACAUGAAAAUGAUUUAAAUGAAGUCAUAAUGAACUACUUUUGUGUUCAUCGGAUGUAUGACGUUGCAAAGGAAUUUCAAAAGGAGGCAAAUGUUAAACCCGACAUGCCUAUAGACACAGUAAAAAUACGGUACUUAAUUCAGAGUGAAAUAAUGAACAACAAAAUUGAGGAGGCUAUAGAGCACAUCAAUAAUUUAGAUGAAGGAAUUUUGAAAAAACACAAGGACUUAGUCUUUUUUCUUAAGAAACAGCAGUUACUGAAAUUGAUAUUGAACAGUAAUAUCAACGAAGCAAUAAUGUAUUCUCAACAAGAACUGGCUCCCUAUGUAAAUGAAAAGCCAUCCCUUAUUAGCGAAAUUGAUGAUGUCAUGAUGCUUAUGGCUUAUCAAGAUUUUAAUAGUGAGGAAGCUAAAAAGUUAAUACAAAAAAUAGAAAAAAAAAAAAAUACAUUAAAAAGGAUUGAUGAUAUAAUUUUAAGUUACUACAAUGUUGACAAUGAGAGCACACUAGAAUAUAUUGUUAAAAAUGUUUCCUUCACGCAGAACGUACUAAGCUCAAAGGUACAAGAUGUGCAGAUCAUACCCAACUUAAAAAAUUUGAAAACUGGUUAUAUAGAAUAUUAUGAAAAGUACAGGAAAAAAAAAAAGAAAAAUUCUAAAAAUAAAAGCAGAAAUAAGAAAAAAGUGAAGGAAAUUAAUGUUGAUGAUAAAACUGUUGAGGGCACUGCAAAAAAUUUCGAUGCACCAUAUGAUGAUGAAUAUCGUUCGGUUUGA